AUGCCUUCUGACGAAUUAACAAAACUCGAGUGGAUAAAAGCAAUUAACAGAAAAACUUUGCCAAAACAUGUUUAUGUAUGUUCUGAACAUUUUCUUGAUGGUGCGCCGACAAAAAGAAAUCCGUAUCCAAAAUUAAAACUUGGUUAUGACAGUAAAGUUACACCCGGCAGACGCAAGUUAGCACGUCGUGAAACGGCUGUGAAAAAGCUAAAAUUAAGUUAUGAGAAUAAUUCUGGUGACGAUAAUGUGUCGGACUCUACUGGUUUUGAAGCUCUAGACAUUUCUGUAAAUGAUGACAAUGAAAAGUAUCCCGAGGCUACAUGUAGUUUUAAUGUAGCUUUCCCUGAAACUGUUACUAAAUCUACCCAGUAUGAUGAGACGGACUAUCUUAUUUAUAACGACCAUCCUUAUUCUGAAAAAUGGUCAGACAUUCAGACAACAUCAACUCAGACAAAACUUUUAUUGACUGAGGAGAAAGGUGUUCAGAGUAAAAUAGAAGGGGGGACCAUGUCAGCAAAUACGAACAUUGUGACUGACAGUGAUGCCUUAUUAUAUACUGGUGUAACCAAGGAAGUUUUUUUUACUUUAGUGGAAAUACUACGUGAAGACAAUCAAUUCAAUUUUCAACUAGAUAUUGCAGAUCAGCUUUUGCUUGUACUGAUGAGGUUAAAACUUCAUUUGAUAUUUGAUGAUUUAGGACGUCGCUUUGGUAUUUCAAAAAGUUUGGCAUGCAAAUUAUUUAAUUCUUGGAUGCCAGUUCUUGCUGAACAACUUAAAGGCUUGGUUGUUUGGCUUCCACGAGAAACAAUUCGAGCUUGUAUUCCCGAAUCUUUUCGGGAAAAUUAUCCUCGUACAACUGUGAUAAUUGAUUGUGCUGAGACAUUUAUACAGAGACCAACAAAUCUUAAGAGUAGGUCAGAGACUUAUAGUAACUACAAGUCACAUAAUACUGCAAAAUAUCUUGUUGGCAUUGCACCUCAUGGACAUAUAAUGUUUAUAUCUCGGGCUUUUGGAGGUAGGGCAAGUGAUAAAUUCAUAGUAGAAAAAAGUGGCUUUUGUCAGUAUCUUUUGCCAGGAGACGAGGUAAUGGCAGAUAGGGGUUUCACAAUUGAUGAUUUACUUUUCCCACUCAGAGUCAAACUAAAUAUUCCAGCCUUUAUAAAAUGCAAACCACAACUUAGUAAUGAGGAUUUAACAACAACCAGGCGUAUAGCAAGAGUUAGAAUUCAUGUGGAGCGUGCGAUUCGUAGACUUAAAGUUUUCAAAAUUCUAAGUAGUACUGUUCCAGUGUCCUCCUUGAAAAACUUUGAUGACAUUCUUCUUGUAUGUUCAGCCCUUGUGAACUUAAGAUCAGACUUAAUAAGAGAACCUGAUGAAUUUUCUGAAAUUUAA